AUGGCCCCUGUCCUCAAGAAGUACAAGGCUGCUGCCGUCAACGCUGAGCCGGGAUGGUUCAAUUUGGAUAAAUCCGUCCGUAGAACCAUUCACUGGAUCAACGAGGCCGGUGCCAAUGGCUGCAAGUUCAUUGCCUUCCCUGAGCUCUGGAUCCCCGGAUACCCCUACUGGAUGUGGAAGGUCAACUACCAGGAAAGUCUUCCCCUACUGAAGAAAUACCGCGAGAACAGUCUCCCCUCGGACUCCGACGAGAUGCGCCGCAUCCGCGAGGCCGCCCGCAACAACAAGAUCUACGUCUCGCUGGGCUACUCCGAGAUCGACCUGGCCAGUCUGUACACCACCCAGGUCAUGAUCUCCCCGUCCGGCGACAUCAUCAACCACCGUCGCAAGAUCCGCGCCACCCACGUCGAGCGUCUCGUCUUCGGCGACGGUACCGGCGACACCACCGAGUCGGUCAUGCAGACUGACAUCGGCCGCAUCGGACACCUCAACUGCUGGGAGAACAUGAACCCCUUCAUGAAGGCCUACGCUGCCUCUUUGGGUGAGCAGGUCCACGUCGCCGCCUGGCCUUUGUAUCCCGGAAAGCAGACCCUCAAGUACCCCGACCCGUAUACUAACGUGGCGGAGGCCAAUGCUGAUCUCGUCACUCCCGCCUACGCCAUCGAAACCGGCACUUACACCCUCGCUCCCUGGCAGACUAUCACCGCCGAGGGCAUCAAGCUGAACACUCCCCCCGGCAAGGAGCUCGAGGAUCCCAACAUCUACAACGGCCAUGGUCGCAUCUUCUCGCCCGAUGGCCAGAGCAUCGUCCCUCACCCGGACGUCGACUUCCAGGGUCUGCUCUAUGUUGACAUCGACCUCGACGAAAUCCAUCUCACCAAGUCCCUUGCCGACUUUGGCGGCCACUACAUGCGUCCCGACCUCAUCCGUCUCCUUGUUGACGGUAACCGCAAGAACCUAGUCGUCGAGGAGGACCGCAUCAACGGCGGUGUCAAGUACACUCGCACCGUGGACCGCGUGGGCCUGUCUGAGCCGCUGGACGCCAAGAAGCCCGCUGUCCCCGAGCAGGAGGAGUAA